AGUCUCCACUGAGACUCCUCCGCCUCCUUGCUUAACACAAAAAUAAAAAAAACCCCAAGGAAGCAUAGAACUUUCUUUUGUUCAGCCAAAAUGGGUAUUUCUCGUGAUUCAAUGCACAAGAGGCGUGCCACUGGUGGAAAGAAGAAGGCUUGGAGGAAGAAGAGAAAGUAUGAGCUUGGAAGGCAACCUGCAAACACAAAACUGUCUAGCAACAAGACAGUCAGGAGGAUUAGGGUUCGUGGCGGAAAUGUUAAGUGGCGUGCACUGAGGCUUGAUACUGGGAACUACUCAUGGGGAAGUGAGUCGGUGACCCGGAAGACCAGAAUCUUGGAUGUUGUGUACAAUGCAUCCAACAAUGAGCUUGUCCGUACUCAAACUCUGGUGAAGAGUGCUAUUGUUCAAGUUGAUGCUGCUCCCUUCAAGCAGUGGUAUCUCCAGCACUAUGGUGUUGACAUUGGUCGCAAGAAGAAACCAGCGGCUGCUUCAGCUGCCAAGAAAGAAGGAGAGGAAGCUGAAACUGCUACUGAAGAGGUGAAGAAGAGCAACCAUGUCUUGAGGAAGCUGGAUAAACGUCAGCAGAAUCGCCAGCUUGAUCCUCACAUUGAGGAGCAAUUUGGCAGUGGCCGUUUGUUGGCUUGCAUCUCUUCACGGCCAGGUCAAUGUGGCCGUGCUGAUGGGCAUAUUUUGGAGGGCAAAGAGCUGGAGUUCUACAUGAAGAAGAUCCAGAGAAAGAAGGGGAAGGGGGCUGCCUAAAUUUUUCCUACUUUUCAUCUUCCUAGCAAAAUGCUGCCCAUUUUUUGCUUUAUUUAACAUUUUCAGAACAUUUAAAAGUGUGGUGGCAUUGAACAUUUAAUUUGAAUCUUUGCUAUUCAACAGCACUAUUGUUGUAUUUGAA